AUGGGGGACAUAACAUGGAGAGAGAUCAUAGCAUGUGGCGCUUCACUAACAGCUGUUGUAUUCUCGCUUAAGUUGUUGUAUUCGUCAAGUGAAACACUGACAGAGCUAUCACCUCCGGAGAUUGGAGUGGAGGGCCUCAUCGGCAAUACCCCAAUGAUGAAGGUGAAAUCCUUGUCAAAGAUCACUGGCAAUAACGUGUAUGCCAAGUUGGAAUUCAUGAACCCAGGUGGCUCUGCGAAGGACCGUGUUGCACUUGCAAUCAUCAGAGAUGAAGAAAGAAAGGGUCAUUUGAAGCCAGGUGAUGUGAUAUUUGAGGGAACAUCCGGGUCAACAGGUAUCAGUAUAGCCACUGUCGCCAACUCACUUGGGUAUAAGACUGAGAUUCAUUUACCAGAUGACACAUCACCGGAUAAACUGGCACUCUUUGACACUUUAGGUGCUGGACUCGUUAAAGUGAAGCCAGCUUCGAUAGUGGAUCCUGACCAGUACGUCAACUCUGCCAAAAAGGCUGCAGACAAGUUGAACAGUUCAGACUCCGAAAAGAAUGGUGUUUUUGCAGAUCAGUUCGAAAACGACUCCAACUGGAGAGUGCAUUUCAACACCACCGGCCCUGAAAUCUAUAGACAACUACAAGGUAAGGUUGACUAUUUCAUUGCUGGUUGCGGUACAGGUGGUACCAUUGCCGGUGUUUCGAAGUAUCUCAAGUCAAAAUUAUCUAAUGUGACAACGAUAUUGGCAGAUCCACAGGGAAGUGGAUUCUUCAAUAGAGUCAAAUACGGUGUCAUGUAUACAAAUGAGGAGAAAGAAGGAACGAGAAGAAGACACCAAGUUGACACUUUGGUUGAGGGAAUUGGGCUCAAUAGAAUAACUCACAACUUCAGCAUUGGUGAGGACUAUAUAGACGACUCCAUAAAAGUCACAGAUGAACAGGCAUUGCAGAUGGCCAAGUUUCUGAGUGUUAACGAUGGUUUAUUCAUCGGAUCUUCGACGGCGAUCAACGCAGUUGCUGUGGUGAAGUUAUGUAAAGAAACAGGGAUAAAGAACAAAAAUAUAGUCAUUGUCGCCUGUGAUUCUGGUACAAGACAUCUACAAAAAUUCUGGAAAUAUGCUGUUGAAGUACCUAACGAGAUAACUGUUGAUGACAUCGUGUCGUGA